AUGCUGAAAUCUUUAUCGCAUCCUCAAUCACCUGCGUCUUCACCCAGAUUUCACUAUGCGCCUGCCGCGCAGUCAUUGCCACCACCUCCAUUGUCACGAAGAGACCCCGCCACGUCCAAACCACAAUCUACGGCCCCGAGAACAAUUACUCCCCGCCGAGUGCAAUAUGUCGACGCUAGCACACAGUGGCAAAGCCCCGUCAUGAAUUUGAAGCUGGAAGGCGUGCCUUCGGAGGAUGUCGCUGAGCGAGAACAGACACAACAGAUGGCCGCUUCGUCGUCUGUCGCCAGCGUACCACCCCAUUCUCCGUCCAGACCAAGAUUACAGGCCCAGUCUCCUGGCAUGAAAAGACGGCAAUCUCGAGAUGGGCAUGCUUCAUCGCACAACCACAGUCAGAUUUCAGCGCCAAAACGUGCCAAGUCGGCCCAGGCUCAAGUCAAGGUUUUACCACCUAAAUAUGAAUUCUGCGAAGUUGAAGAUAUGGUUAUACUUAUAGCCAACAUGAUAUCGGAGCUUAUUCAAACAAAUGAUGGUCUUCCUCUCCGAAGUGGAGUGCUCACUCGAUUUCAUUCAAGGACUCCUCCUGGCAUUUCCGUGCUUGAUUAUCUCCAAAGGCUUGCCAAACAUGCAACCCUUACUCCGCCCUUACUUCUUUCCAUGGUUUACUACAUAGAUAGACUCUGCUCACUUUAUCCCGCUUUCACGAUCACUACUCUCACAGUCCAUCGAUUCUUGAUUACAGCUGCAACAGUAGCUGCAAAAGGCCUUUCCGAUUCUUUCUGGAACAACGCCACGUAUGCUCGAGUUGGUGGAAUCAAAUUAGCGGAGCUAGGUCUGCUUGAACUCGACUUCCUUUAUCGAGUUGAUUGGAAGAUAGUUCCCAACCCGGAGGUGCUAGUCGACUACUAUAGAGGGCUAGUCGAGCGUUCUGACGGCUACGAGCUGGAGAAUGACUCAAGCUCAACAGAGGAUGAAGAAGAUGGUGAUGCAGAAAGCGUUCAGAGCAAGGGGAGCCCAGAGGUAAAGUCAGAAGAAGAUAAUGAUGUAAAGUGGAAAGCCUGGAUGGAGGACGUUUCUACGCGCAAAGCAGGUGCUGCAGAUGCUGGUAGCAGUAAGGGAAUAUCAUGA